CUGGGGCGUUUCACGAUCACAGAUUUCGUAUUUGGCGCGGCUGAGGAAAUCAAAGGAUGUUCCGUACAAGACACGUAUGAUGGUGUUUUUGGAAUGGCUCCAACAGGCACGCAUGAAGGGGUAGAACACACGUUCCUUGAUGGCCUUUUUCAGCGGAGCCUUAUUGAUCAUCGGGAAUUUGGCCUUUUUUUCCGAGAGGCCAUGGAAGGAAGAAACUACAUGGUUAUUGGUAAAGUUGCCAGAGAGUAUAUGCCGCGAGAGGCGUAUCCAGUUCGAACUUUGAACGAACCAGGGCUAUGCGUUUUGGUAUUUCAGGGCCAUGGAAGGAAGAAACUACAUGGUUAUUGGUAA